CCAGUGGAACCAAAAUGGCCGCCGUUGUAUUUUGACGUGUAAUAGCUAGCUACUUUUCUUUUCUUUCACUCUUGACUGGACGGCAAAGCCAAGCUAUCGUGAGACUUGUCGGACUCGCUGUAUGCCGCCAGUCGUCGGCCGGUCGUCUCCUCGUUUUGACUGACACAUAUUAUUUGAACGAGUUGGAUGAACUAUGCAUAUCUAGUUCAGAUUGUGGCUAGCUAGCAGGCUCUGGCUGGCUUCUAGUGCAGUAGUUGAAAUUGAGAUAGCUGCUUCAAACCUUCAGCUGUGAUGGAGGAAUUGAGCGCAGAUGAGAUUCGAAGAAGGCGAUUGGCACGGCUAGCAGGGGGACAGACCUCGCAGCCCAACACCCCUCUCAGCACCCCCCUGACAUCCCCACAGAGAGAAACUCCACCGGGACCUCUUCCUGGACCCUCAGGUGCAUCUCCUCACCCCCUGCCACCAGCUGCCUCUCAAUCUUCAGGGCUUAUUGCUCACAGCAGUACCCCUGCCACGUCACCCAUUGGCACAACAGGUGUGGUCUAUGGCAGUCAAAGUAGUGAAGGUGUGAGCUCCCUUUCCAGCUCUCCUUCCAACAGUCUUGAGACUCAGUCACAGAGUUUGUCCCGUUCACAGAGCAUGGACAUUGACACCGUAACUUGCGAAAAGAGCCUGUCCCAAGUGGAUGUGGACUCUGGGAUUGAGAACAUGGAGGUGGAAGACAGCGACCGCAGGGAGAAGAGGAACUUGACCGACAAAGAAACCUCUGCAAACUCGGAUGUCUCGGAAGACCAGGCUUUGCAGCUUAUUUGUAAGAUCCUCCGUGUUUCAUGGAAAGAGCAGCAUAGAGAUGUCAUCUUCCUUCCGUCGCUGGCUGCUGAAUUCCAACGUAACCUUAAAGAUGUAUACUCUGAUUCCAAAGACCUGAUCAGCCAGAUCCUGAUGGAGGUCCUCAUGAUGUCUACCCAGUCGCCUGUCCAAAACCCCUUCGCCAGCUUGACUGCCACCUCGCAGCCAUUUGCUGCAGCCAAAUCUCCAGACCGUCACCUGACAUUGGUACAGCCCUCCAGCCAAGGUGGCAGCCCAAUGGGCCCUGGUGCAGGGUCCUUUGGAGCCAGCUCUCUGUCAAGCCUGUAUGGGUGUGGUAGCCCUUACCCAAUGAGUCUGGAUGCAGCCAAGUGGACCUCUCCAAAUAUCGCCACCCCCACUUCUUCCUCUGUUUCUUCUGCACCAUCCCCUCCACAGUUUAUUGUUCCACCCAGCCCACCUCCGACAGCUGUUCCCCAAAGACCGUCCCUCAACCCACCUUCUGCCCCUAUGCCCAUUUCUCAGCGUUAUCGGCCUUACUCUGUUUCAUCUCCCUGGGGAGCUCUGUCCCCAUCCAGCCCAGGACAAAGAGCCUUUAGCUUUUUUUCAUCGUCCCCUAGCCCAGCAGGCCCCGCUGUGCCUCCCAAUACCCCAGUUCCUGUGCCAACACCUAGCACCCUCUCCUUGAGUUCACUCCCUAUGGUUCCUCCUUCUCCCAGAACAAAUGCUCGACAGGCCGUCUUUGCUUCCAGGAUCCCACCUUCUAGUCCCGUGUCCCUCCUGUUUGCCCUUUCUGACGUAUCUCAGGACAGCAGCGAUGAGGAGUCUGACGAGGAAGUGGAGGAUUUUGCGCAGGUUCAGUUUGGGUCCAGUCAUGGUGCAUGUGGGGGGUCGGUGUCUUGUGAUUUGGCGAGUGACCGCUUCACCAUUGAGCCAUGCAAAGAGACUGAGAUGCUGAACUACCUCAUUGAGCGCUUUGAAAGUGUUGGUAUGGAGGAGAGGAAAGCUCCCAAGAUGUGUAACCAACCAAAUGUCAGCCAGCUUCUUAGCAACAUUCGCUCUCAGUGCAUCUCUCACGUUGCCCUGGUGCUGCAAGGCUCUCUGACCCAGCCUCGGAGCCCUCUCCAGCAUUCUCUGCUGGUACCUUACAUGCUGUGUCGGAACCUCCCAUAUGGCUUUAUCCAAGAACUUGUCCGCAUUACCCACCAGGAAGAAGUAGUAUUCAGACAGAUCUUCAUUCCUAUCCUCCAUGGGCUGGCUCUUGCUGUGAAAGAAUGUUCCUUUGAUAGCGACAAUUUUAAAUUCCCCUUGAUGGCAUUGGCUGAGCUUUGUGAAAUCAAAUUUGGAAAGUCUCACCCUGUUUGCAGUUUGGUUACGUCUCUUCAACUGUGGUGUCCCAAACCCUUGAGCUCAGGAUGCGGCAGAGAGAUCCAAAGGCUGUCCUACCUUGGUGCUUUCUUCAGCCUUUCUGUAUUUUCUGAAGAUGAUACCAAAGUAGGAGACAAGUAUUUCUCUGGUCCGGCGAUCACCACGGAGAACACGAGAGUUGUUAGUCAGUCAUUGCAGCACUACCUGGAAUCGGCAAGGGGUGACCUAUUUAAAAUUCUUCACAACAUCCUGCUAAAUGGAGAGACUCGAGAUUCAGCCCUAAAUUACAUGGCAGCUUUAGUUAACUACAAUGUGAAGAAAGCUCAGAUGCAGACUGAUGACAAGCUGGUGUCGACAGAUGGAUUCAUGCUCAACUUCCUGUCAGUGCUGCAGCAACUCAGUAUGAAAAUCAAGUUGGAAACAGUAGAUCCCUUCUACAUUUUUCACCCCCGAUGUCGCCUCGCCGUCAGCCCGGAGGAGACGCGGCUAAAGGCCACAAUGGAGGAGCUCAAGAGCUGGCUGUCUGAGCUACAUGAAGACUCGACCAAAUUCUCUGAGCCCAAGUUCCCUACAGAGUGUUUCUUCUUGACCCUGCAUACGCACCAUCUGUCUAUCCUGCCUGGAUGCAGGCGCUACAUCCGAAGGUUGCGGGCGAUCCGUGAACUCAACAGGACUGUAGAAGAACUGAAAAACAGUGAAGCCCAAUGGAAGGAUUCUCCCCUGGCCAGUCGCCACAGGGAAAUGCUCAAGCGCUGCAAAACCCAGCUGAAGAAACUGGUACGAGCCAAAGCUUGCGCUGACGUGGGUCUUCUAGAUGAGAACCUGCUCCGCAGAUGUCUGCAGUUCUACAGCACAGUAAUUCAGCUCAUACUCCGUAUGGUGGACCCUGCCUACCCAAACAUCACACUGCCAUUGAAUCCUGAGAUUCCUAAAAGCUUUGCUGCACUCCCGGAGUUCUAUAUUGAAGAUGUGGCGGAAUUUUUGCUUUUCAUCGUGCAGUAUUCUCCCCAGGUUUUAUAUGAACCUUGUGUACAAGACAUAGUCACCUUUUUGGUGGUGUUCAUCUGCAGUCAGAACUACAUCAGGAAUCCGUACCUUAUUGCCAAGUUGGUAGAAGUUCUGUUUGUCACAAAUCCUGCCGUGCAGCCUCGCACUCAGCGCUUCUCUGAAAUGAUGGAGAACCACCCGUUGUCCAUUAAACAGCUGGUGCCCGCCCUCAUGAAGUUCUAUACUGAUGUUGAGCAUACGGGCGCCACCAGUGAGUUUUAUGAUAAGUUCACAAUAAGGUACCAUAUCAGCACCAUCUUUAAGAGUCUUUGGCAAAAUAUUGCCCACCAUGGCACUUUCAUGGAGGAGUUUAAUGCCGGAAAACAGUUUGUUCGUUACAUCAACAUGUUGAUCAACGACACCACCUUCCUGUUAGACGAGAGUCUUGAGUCUCUAAAGCGCAUUCAUGAGAUUCAAGAAGAAAUGAAGAAUAAGGAGCAGUGGGAUCAGCUGCCCAGGGAUCAGCAGCAGAGCCGUCAAUCCCAGCUCACUCAGGAUGAGCGAGUGUCACGGUCCUAUCUUGCCCUGGCCACAGAGACGGUUGAAAUGUUUCACAUCCUCACCAAACAGGUCCAAAAACCUUUCCUCAGGCCUGAGCUGGGCCCUCGUUUAGCAGCCAUGUUGAACUUUAACCUCCAGCAGCUCUGUGGGCCCAAGUGCCGAGACCUGAAGGUGGAGAAUCCUGAGAAGUAUGGCUUUGAACCCAAGAAGCUCUUAGACCAGCUCACUGACAUAUACCUGCAGCUGGACUGCGCCCGCUUUGCUAAAGCAAUAGCAGAUGACCAGCGGUCAUACAGCCGAGAGCUCUUUGAGGAGGUUAUCUCAAAAAUGAGGAAGGCUGGUAUCAAGUCCUCAAUCGCCAUUGAAAAAUUCAAGCUGCUAUCUGAGAAGGUUGAGGAAAUAGUGGCAAAGAAUUCCCAGUCAGAAAUGGACUACAGUGACGCACCUGAUGAGUUCAAAGAUCCUUUGAUGGACACGCUAAUGACGGACCCUGUGAUGCUGCCCUCGGGGAACAUCAUGGACCGAUCCAUCAUCCUUCGCCACCUGCUUAACUCGCCCACUGAUCCUUUCAACCGGCAGCCUCUCACUGAGAGCAUGCUGGAAUCAAUUCCUGAACUGAAGGAGAGAAUCCAUGCUUGGAUGAGAGAGAAACAGGGAGGAAAACCUUUCUAAAGACUUGAUGUCAACAACGCCUCGCCCUGCUCUCCAUAUUGAAAGCAUCUGGCCCAAAUCGCCUGAAUUCAGUGUCACUGCUACCAACAAUAAAACAAGGUUUUAUUUUUGCCCUAUUUUGCCCCAGGCCAAUGGAAUGAUACAUAAAAUGCAUCAUAAUAAAGUUUUUAGUUUGUUUGCUUUGGGAUUAUAUGUACACUGUAUGUAUCGAAAUAUAUACAGUGGUACCUCGACAUACAAUUGCUUUGACACACGAUCUUUUCGACAUCCAACGUAUAAUUUGACUCGCCAUUUGUUUCUACAUCUGAUGGCAUGCUCGAAAUACGACGAUUUAUGACAGCGCCGCACUACUUAUUGUGGUAACAUCGCCCAAAAAUUGCCAGCUUCGUCACGUUUUUAAUCACUUUUUUCAGAGCUUGUGCAACACAACAUGCCUACUGUCCGCCACAGCUGAACAAAGUGAAUGUAAAAAGUCCCUUACUCAUUCUGUUAAGUCAGCCACACGUUCAGGUAACACCACACAAAACACAUCUGCCACAUUAGAACCAGAUUUGUUACAUUAUUACAGGUAUUAUUAUUAUUACUCUUAUUCUGAUUUGUAUUCAUAAUUUAUUUGUUUUGCUCUGCGUAAUUGCUAUUUGCAAAAGUACCAGCAGCAUUUAUUAAGGUUUUAGUGUAGGUUUUCGGGCUGUGGAGUGAAUAAAUGGAAUUCUAAUGUAUUCUUAUGGGAAAAUCCUGCUCAACAUACGCCUACUUCUACUUACAAAAAAAGUGCUGGAACGAAUUAACUUCGUAUGUAGAGGUACCACUGUACAUAUAUUUAACAAUUAGGAUGUUUCUACUUCUAAGGCUGCACAUAAGUCUCUAUCACACGCAGGUUUACCAGAGAGCUGCAUACAGUGGCUUAAAUGAAUAUUUUCCUUCUUGGGUCUCGUGUAUUUUGUAACAUUGUGUAUGUGGGCGUUAAUAAACACUUGUGACGCUUUUAGAGUGGUGGGCUGGGAAAUUGUUAUCAGCAAGACUGUGGAAAUGACUAACUUGAGUCGGUAUAAUGUACUGCGUAGUGUCUGCAGUUUAACAGAUGUACCACCUGUGCUUGUUGGCAGAAAUAAGGAUGUAGCUUAAUCUAAGAUGUCUUGGUUCUUUUGAGUGCAGUCAGCUGUUUUAAGCAUCGAUGUACCAAAAUAUACUUGUUUUUAUUUUUUGUGUUGAAAUCCAUUUUAGUCAUAUUUCCCCUGCUGACUUUGAAAGACUGAAUUGGCUUAUUUUGGGCGCAUGGCUGCUAUUCCAGACUCCUUCAACCCCUCCAGAACAAAACUCUUCAAACAAGCAACUUGUUCUAAACAUGACGGAAUGUAGCAUGAGCUCCAACAACUUUGAAACACAUUAACAUCACGUCUAGAGAGGGUCUCUGUCGAUUUGUGACCUUGCUGACCUUAACUGUACAGGAAAAGAACUCUUAUCUGUUUUGGAAGCUAGGAUUUGAAAAUAAAUGAUAAUGCACACCAUUUCAAAACUUGU